AUGUGCGUGUCUACCAAGUGCGAUUUCUGCGAGGACUGCUUUUGGGAUCCGCUGAAUAACUGCACAUACACUUGUGAUAUCACGGAGCCAUGCAUCUGUAAAAAGCCUUCCGUUAUCAUUUUGGAGCCAAUCCCCGGCGAUGGCAGUUUUGAUGUCAGAACAGGGCUCUACUAUGACGAGCAUUUGGAACGGCCGAUCACGGCGGCGGAUGAAAUUGAAAAAGAUGACGAAACCUGGAUCGGUAUCGAGCUAAUCGACAUCCAAAAACCGACUUUAGUCGUGGUUGUCGAGAAGCUUUGGGUCACAGCAACAGAUGACCCGGACCCACCAGAAGGUUCUGUUAUUCUGCUUAGAAAACUGCCAACUGGGUGUGCGAUCCUGCAUCCACUCAUGGACGGCUACCCGAUGCCGAAUCCAUUCGAUAAAGAGAAUCCAGAAGAGCACCCACAUAUGGCAUUCAGAAUCGACUUCAUGGGCAUUUCUGAAGCGUUUGCUAAUAUUCCAGACUUCCGAGGUUUCUUCAUCCACGUUAUAACAAAGGUUUAG